AUGGAAGCAGAGCAGCCUCCGGCCAAGAAACGAAACAUGGGAAGAUCAAGAAAAGGUUGUAUGAAAGGUAAAGGUGGUCCAGACAAUGCAACGUGUACUUUCCGCGGAGUUAGGCAACGUACUUGGGGUAAGUGGGUCGCUGAGAUUCGUGAGCCUAACCAUGGCACUCGUCUCUGGCUCGGUACUUUCAAUACUUCGGUAGAAGCCGCCAUGGCUUACGAUGAAGCCGCUAAGAAGCUUUACGGACACGAGGCUAAACUCAACUUGUUGCACCCACAACAACAAAAGCAACAACAAGUAAAUAGGAACUUGUCUUUCUCCGACCACGGGUCUGGUUCUUGGGCUUGUAACACGGCUCGUGGGUUUGAUCUUGGUCUCGGCCCAUCAAGUGGGUCUCGCAGUUCGUGGUCAGGGGGUUUUAGUUUUAUACAAGAUGAUGAUAAAACUACAAGUGAGUCUAGCGUUUCUUGGUUAUUACCAAAACGAAGUGAUUUACAAGAGCAAGAAAGCGUUAAUGCUGCGAGUGGCUUGAAACCGAAGAGCUUGGUGAAAACUCCUGAUUAUGGAUUAUCAAAUGGUGUUUGCUCUAGGUUUCUUGUGGGUCAAGAAAAGAAGAUGGGAUAUGAUGUGUCAUCAUCGUGUGGCUCAUCAGACAAUAAGGAGAGUAUCUUGGUCCCUAGUUGCGGUGGCGACGGAGAAGUGAUGCAUAGGCCGGAGGUGGAGGAGGGGACAGGGUAUUUGGAGACGGAUGACCUUUUGGAGAUUGAUGAUUUGGGUUUGUUGAUAGGGCAAAAUGGAGAUUUCAAGAAUUGGUGUUGUGAUGAGUUUCAACAUCCAUGGAAUUGGUUCUGA